AUGAAUAUUCCAUAUCCUUUAUCACCCCAGGAAGUUGCCAGCGCGCUUGUUAAAUUAACGGCACCUCACCUUAAGGUCACGACGGACCGCAGCGGCGAUAGAGACGAUGAUCUAUCUGAACACAGUAGUGACGUCCUACAUACCGUGCACUGGGGCUCUCGGAUCUCAUGUGGGGCUCUCCCGUGUUGUGUACCCGUUUUGGGGGAUUUGAUGAGUUUUUUUGAGCCAAAUGACUCACCGGGUGUGAUACGAGCGCACAUUAACAAUCGUGCGCACUUUCUUUUGCACAAAAAGCGCACCCAUAACUUCCCAGGCCUUCUGCACGUGUCGGUGGCCUCCUCGCGAUUAGUGACCCAGCGAUCGGGCGAUUGCUUCCAAUUCUCCGUGAUGAACCAUUCUGAGCAGGUAUCAGAACCGAUGGUUCUUCGGAGUUCCUAUGAAAUGCUCAAAAGGGAAGUAGUGUUGUGGAUCACGCGGAUUGCCACAUCGAACGUGGGAAAGACCAAACCUAUAAAGCUUGCUGAGAUUGAGUCCCAGUUUCCUUUCCUGAUGCUCCUGUCUCCGGCCCAACGUGUCAAUUACUUAAUGCAGGCAAUCCACACGUAUGCGCACGGGACCAUCAUUUGGUUCGACAAGACCGCAAUUGUCGAGACCGGCGUUCCGACUUUUUUUUGCGCCGAGUUGGGGACUAAAGGGGAACGGCGUGGCGUUUCCGCCCUUCGUCUUGCUCUUGACAACGCUUCCGUUCUAGGGGAUUAUGCCCGAAUUGAAAAGCUAUGCCACGCCUUACGCGUCAUUCUAGAAAUGCACCUCAAAAGCCCCAAUGUGGUAAUCCCACCUCAUCUGUUGAGGUGCGUUGGCAUCGCCUUUCAAGUAAUGAUUCCUUUUCUGAAUGCGAGUCUGCGGAUCUCUGAAAUGUCGCCACUCCCUGUGAUGGGCCAGCUCGACCUUAUUCUGGAUUACUGCGGCACGGGGGACGUGGACAAACUCACCGAAUUCUCUGACAUCAAGAAGAAAUCUCAAAAACGCCGAACGGGCUGGCUGCCUUUUCUGGUUUCCGUGGUCCAGCGUGCGAGCUGCCACCGGCGGUGCUUUUAUGUUGAUCGCGAGUCCUCCGUGCGACCUAAACAGCCCUUGAUGGACAACGCCUCGACAUUUUUCGCAUCAGUUCUGCCCUCCGACCCCCAACAGACGCCCAACACGCUGACGAUUGAUGGGAAUUCAUUAAGGAGCUCGCUAAUUGACCAAUGGAAUGGGAAUACCAUCCCUGAAGUGUCGUUGUUCAAAGGCAACAAGCUCAUGGAUUUACAGAAAAAGGUGCUAAGCGAACUGGUUUUUUCCGUUCACCAACCGGCUCAUCUUCUUUUGAGCAAUAUAUCUAGUACACAAGAUAAUGAUGAGCUGAAAUUAUUUAUUGGGAAGCGUUCCCGUCAUUCUGAAGAAAACAUCUUUGAUGAAAAGGAAUCCUACACUCUCGAUAUCAUUCGACAAGGCGCAUUUUCUAAACGAUAUCGGCGUAAAUAG